GAGCCGAUCCCGUUGCAUUCUGGGAAAAGGAAGACUGGAGGCGGUCGCCAUAUUGUUUGAUUCCGCAGAUUCACUGGAGCAGAAAGCAAAAAACACUCUUAUUAAACAGGCUAAUAUUAAAUAAUUACACAGGUAAACGUCACAUAAUAUUACAUGAGGUCGAUGCAGACCGUGCUGCAUUCUUAAGGCUCUCUUUAGCGGUGUCAGUCGGAUUUAUUCGUGCAGAAUAUGGGUCGCUCCCGGAGUCGCAGCUCGUCCCGGUCCAAACACUCUAAACACACCCGCAAACGGAGCCGCUCCAGAUCCAAAUCCAGCAAGAAAAGGAGCAGGUCAAAAGAACUAAAGAGGAGCAGAAGGUCCCGCUCGAGGUCAGGCAGCAGGAGGGACAGAGGUGGCUCACCACCCGACCGAACCGACAUUUUCGGCCGGACACUGAGCAAGAGAAACACCGACGAAAAACAGAAAAGAGAAGAAGAGGAGAGGAGAGCAGAGAUGGAGAGACAGAGGAAGAUUCGUCAACAGGAGAUCGAGGAGCGUCUGAUUGAGGAGGAGACGGCGAGGCGCGUGGAGGAGCUCGUGGCACGGCGUGUAGAGGAGGAGCUCGAAAAGCGGCGUGACGAGAUAGAGCGUGAGGUCUUGCGGCGGGUGGAGGAGGCCAAACGCAUCAUGGAGGCACAGCUUUUGCAAGAGCUAGAGAGGCAGAGGCAGGCCGAACUGAACGCCCAGAAAGCCAGAGAGGAGGAAGAAAAAUCCAAACGAGAGGAGCUGGAGAGAAUUUUGGAAGAAAACAACCGAAAGAUUGCUGAUGCUCAGGCUAAACUGGCUGAGGAUCAGCUACGUAUAGUGGAAGAACAAAGGAAGAUCCAUGAGGAACGCAUGAAGCUAGAACAGGAGAGGCAGAAACAACAGAAAGAGGAACAGAGGAUGAUUUUGGGGAAGGGCAAGUCCCGACCUCGCCUCUCCUUCACUCUCAAAGCUACAGAGUGAUUUCUCUUCUCUUCUCUUCUCUUCUCUUCUCUUCUCUUCUCUUCUCUUCUCUUCUCUUCUCUUCUCUUCUCUUCUCUUCUCCCUAUUCUUCUCUUUGGAUGUGUGCUUCAUGUUGAAGUAAAUCGGAGUCUCAAAGAGAGGUCUGCCCUGUGCACUCUGCCCACAUAAACCCUGGAAAAAGAAAAAAACAUUUGAAUCCUCACACUUCAAAACCGGACUUGCAGGCACCACCACAGACUUACAAAUCAGCUGCCAUGUUCUGUUUUUUUUUUUGUUUUUUUUUCAGUGUGUUGUAUCGAUAUUUGACACCGUUAUGCUUGAUGCACCUUCAGAAACACAGGGCAUUUUUUCCUUUUUAAUGGCAAGAAAAUAAGAAUGAAUAAGUGUAAAUAUUUGUGUAUAUGAGUGUGCGUGGUUGGUUGGUCAAAAUAUAUCAGUGGUUUGGGAGCUCUGUUGGCACAAGCUCAGUUUAACUACUGUUCUUGCAUUCAGAGCGUUGGGGAAGUACACAAAAAUGUAAAUUGGCAAACUUUGUUUUGUGCUUAUUAGUGAAUGUAUGCGCAGGAGUGUGUGGGAGCAUUUCGUAUUUUUUAGAUUGCGGACUGAACUCCUCAAAACAUAGUUUCUAAAAUGCUGCUUAACACAUUGUUCCCAUAAUCACCUGAUAUGAGCUGCAUUUAUAGCAUUGUAACCUAGAUCACAUUUGUCCAUUUUGAUACACCUUACUCAAAUUGCUCAUUUUUGAAAUGUAGAACAAAAGAACUUAUUUAGCAUUUACAAAAAAAAAAAGGUUACAAUGUUACAAAGUCUUGUAAUUUGUCUAGUGCUCUGUUGGUACCAUAAGGAAAUCGGGAAUCACAGGUAAGACUAGUUAGGGUGUGUAUGCGAGCGAGUUUGCGUGGGUGUAUGAGUGUAUGCUAGAGGGUUUUCUUGUCUUGUGGUAAAUCACCCCUUUCCUUGUGAACUGGGACAUUUAGUGUGAUGACCAAUAAAUCCCAUGAACACAA